AUGUCUAAGAAAAUGCUGUUCCUGUUCUGCAUCCUCCUCGGAGCAGUGCUCGCGUCUGAGAAUAGCAGGUACGUGAACAUCGCGGACUAUCCUUACCACGUAGCCGUCGAGAAAUAUGGGAAUCACCUGUGCAGCGGGGCGCUGAUACACGAGUCCUGGGUCAUAACUGCGGCGUCCUGCGUUUUCGGGGCCGACGUAUCCACGAUAUCCGUACGAGCUCGAACAGACACGUUGGCCGCCAAUGGAACCGAACUGGAAGUGUACAGCGUCGUUGUGCAGAUGCUGAAUGACAUAGCGCUAAUAAAGUUGAAAAUUCCUGUUCAAUUUGGGGAGAAAUUGCUACCAAUUGGGCUACCAGAAGUGGACGGUUGUGAAGACGAAGAUGGGACGAUUGGCUUCGUGACCGGCUGGAAACAUAACCUCAAUGGCCCAAAGGAAUCGCAGCUAACAGUGAUAGAGGUGCCAAUAGUGGAGCAGAAUACCUGCGAAGCGACGAUGCCCUGCUACGAGCCAGUGUUCCAGAAAAUGCUUUGCGCCGGUAACAUGACCCUCGGGGUGGAGACGUGUCAGGGUGAUCCAGGUGCUCCACUGACGGCCGACCAGGCGCUGAUUGGCGUUCUAUCCUAUGGAUUAGGGUGCAAAACUACGAUACAUCCGGGGGUGUACACUCGUGUCAGCAGUUACGUGGCGUGGAUAUCGGCGAAUACCGGUAUCCCCUGUGCAUGA